AUGGCUUCGUCGUUCAAUUCCACAGUCCCGAGCACGGAGAGCACUUCCGCGCCGGCCACCAGCAUAACCUCGUCCGUCGUUGACACCACGUCGGCGGUCCCCAUCACUUCGACCACCACUUCUGCACCACCAACCACGUCGGAACCCACGACAUCUGCUGCGCCUACUACUUCCUCCACCCCUCCGCCGACUACUCCUAGUGAAUCGUCGGCAGUAGCCACAUCUACCCUCUCCCAGUCUUCCGUGCCGCCGACGACGAUAGUCACGACCUCAGUUGWGACGCAAACUCCCACUGGUGCCGACUCUACAAACCUCCAGACCACGGUCGUGGUCAUCACUUCCACAUCACCGGGCGGCCCUGCUUCUUCAUCCACCACAAGCUCCUCCACCAGCAGUUCUUCUACUCCCGCGUCACUAGCGAAUACAGGCAAUGGCAAUGGGGGCAACGGCGGCCUCAGCACUGCAGGCACCACUGCGGUUGCCGUGGUCGUGCCCGUAGUUGUCGUAGCGUUGCUUGUGGUCGCUGGUCUCUUCUUCUGGCGAAGGCGCAAGCAGAAGAAAGCUGCCGAGGAGGCAAGGCGCGUCGAAGUGGAGGACUACGGCUUCAACCCAAACAAUGAUCCAACACUGCCGGUCGUCGCUUCUGAAAGCGGGCACGAAAUGGCCGAAGAUUCUAGCAAUGGCUACCGAGGAUGGGGAGCGGCGGGCGCAGCGGGCGCAGCGAGUAGAAAGAUGUCCACCACCCUGUCUGGCGGGCACACGCAGGGCCAGCUAUCCGAUGCGGGCAGCAGCGCCGCCUACCCAAGCCGCGCUUCCCCCAACCUUGGCGGCACUUCGGAUGGCCACAGCGGAGAUCCUUUGAUGCACGCGCGGAGGGAAACCAUGAACAGCGAUGAUAUUGGUGCGCUAGGAGCCGCACCUCUUGCAGGGGCAAACGCAGCUGGUGUACGACGAGGACCUUCCAACGCUUCUUCUACAUACUCGGCAGCAGGUCACACAGACAUAUCGGAUGAUGGACCUGGGGUCGGCAGCGCUCCCCAGCAUUACGAAGCCUAUAACCCUAACGGCGGCUACGGCUACAGCCAGCAUGGCCCGUAUGGAGACGGCUCGUACGGUGGCACUGGUCAAGAAGCUGGCAUGCCGGUGGUCCGGGAUGUCAGCGCUCGCCGGAACACCCGAAUACAACAAGCCGGGAACUACCAGCAAGGAGGCAUUGCACAAAACUUUUGA